UUGGUGUCAAGAAAGGUCAUAUAGCUGCGGACGUCUAUAUUUUGCAGACAGAACUCUGGGAGCAGUGCAAACCCUCAGCACCAUGAAUGCUGUCUGCAGAACACUGAGGACUGUUGCUGGCCUGUACCAACCUCAGCAACUUCUGACUAGGCCUUUCUCUAUAGCCCCAGUCCUGCUGUACUGGAAGAAACGUCAGCGUCCGAUGAUGCCAGAGCCGCGGCUACUGGACGAGUAUGAACAUCACGACUUCAGGAAGGUGUGGGUACGCCCUCCUCCUGGACCCAAGACGUCUCCCAAGGACCAGUGGACGAAGGAGAAGGCCAUGUUUGGUUGUUAUGACUACCAGGAUAUCUUAGGUGACCACCCGUACAUCCACCCUCGGCACCUGUGUCUGGAGGGGCCGAAGUACGUCCGAGGUUUCCGUGGUAACGAGCUGCAGAGACUCAUCCGCAAGAAAAACUUUGCAGGGAAAAAUAUGGGUGAGGAGGACUGGAAAAACCUUCAGAAGAGAAUCAACUACCUGUACAGGAGAUUGAACAGAAAAGGAGCCUACCGAACAUAGUGUUUAUUGUUUGUUGACAUUAUGUAUUGCCAUUGUUGAUGAAAAUGUAGGAGUAAGAAGAUGCUAGUAUUAAAGAACAUGUGUACACAUGUAAACUAGAGAGGUACAGGUAAUAUUUGUAAAGUAAGUGCAUAAUGUUUACCUUCACAUGUGGCAAGAAUAUACAGA